AUGGCCUCUCAGCUAGAAAACGUUCUGCUCCCAUUUCGUCCCCACCGACCAGGAGUUGGACUGAACCACUAUCGAGUCGCCCGUGGUCCGACGGUUUCAUACUCAGGAGGUAUUCGUCUCCUGGCGAUCUGA